CUACAAAAUUUUGGCAUGAAAAGGAUCAAACUCCUAGACUAUAGGGCCAUCGGUACAGAUGAUGAAUCCGAUCUCGUAUUCCUGUCCCUCCACGUGGAGAUAAGUCUCCGGUUUUUUUCUUUCCCCUCUUCUCUUCUCAGGUGCAGGGUAUACCACGCCGGCACAAGUUUCAAGUUUCAACUUCAAUUUCUCUCAAUGGCUAGUCUCACCGGCGUCCACAUCCAUUUCCCCGCUUUCAUCUCCUUUAAGCCUCUAUCGCCUUCUUCCCAAUUCAGUCCAUUCGCAACCCCUCGCCAUACUAGCGGUAUCGGGAGAAUCCGAUGUUCCAUUGCCGAGGGUCCGCCCGCUGUUUCCUCUUCUUCAGAAAACGACAGUCAGAAAUCAAUGGUAGACUGCGUGAUUGUCGGGGCUGGCAUCAGCGGCCUGUGUAUCGCCCAGGCCUUGGCCACGAAGCAUGCUAACUCGAAUCUGAUGGUGACGGAGGCCAGAGAGCGUGUCGGUGGAAACAUAACCACCGUGGAAAGGGACGGCUAUCUGUGGGAAGAAGGCCCCAACAGCUUCCAGCCCUCGGACCCGAUGCUCACUAUGGCGGUGGACAGUGGUUUGAAAGAUGAAUUGGUGUUGGGAGACCCAAAUGCGCCUCGCUUCGUGCUGUGGAAUAGCAAGCUGAGGCCAGUGCCCUCCAAGCCUAUGGACUUGCCAUUCUUCGAUCUGAUGAGCUUUCCUGGAAAGCUCAGAGCUGGUUUCGGUGCCAUUGGUCUUCGCCCACCCCCACCAGGUCACGAGGAAUCAGUUGAAGAGUUUGUCAGGCGUAACCUCGGCAGUGAAGUGUUUGAACGCUUAAUAGAGCCAUUUUGCUCUGGUGUUUAUGCUGGUGAUCCAUCAAAACUGAGCAUGAAAGCAGCAUUCGGGAAAGUCUGGAAACUGGAGAAAAAUGGUGGUAGCAUCAUUGGUGGAACCUUUAAAGCAAUCCAGGAGAAAUCUAGUAGUCCUAGGGCACCUCGAGAUCCGCGCUUACCAAAACCAAAAGGUCAAACGGUUGGAUCAUUCAGAAGGGGCCUGGCCAUGUUGCCUAAUGCAAUUUCGUCCAGCUUAGGAAACAAAGUCAAGUUGUCAUGGAGACUAACGACUAUCACUACCCUGGAGAAUGGAGGAUAUUCGUUGACCUAUGAAACUCCUGGUGGAUUGGUUUCUCUGCGGAGUAGAAGUGUUGUACUGACUGUUCCAUCCUAUGUUGCAAGCACAAUGUUACGCCCACUUUCGGCUGUUGCAGCAGAUGCAUUAUUAAAAUUAUAUUAUCCACCAGUUGCUGCAGUCACCAUUUCCUAUCCAAAAGAAGCAAUUCGUAAAGAGUGUUUGAUUGAUGGUGAACUAAAGGGGUUUGGGCAGUUGCAUCCCCGUUCCCAAGGAGUGGAAACUUUGGGAACUAUAUACAGCUCAUCUCUUUUUCCUAACCGUGCACCACCCGGGAGGGUUCUUCUUUUGAACUACAUUGGAGGAGCAACCAAUCCCGGAAUUACGUUGAAGACGAAGAGCCAACUUGUGGACUCGGUGGAUCGUGACCUCAGGAAGAUGCUCAUAAAUACUAAUGCACCAGAUCCACUUGUCCUGGGGGUACGUGUGUGGCCACAAGCUAUUCCACAAUUUAUGAUUGGUCACUUGGAUGUGUUGGAUACUGCACAAAAUGCUCUCAGUAAUGGUGGUUUUAAAGGUCUCUUUCUAGGGGGUAACUAUGUGUCCGGUGUAGCGUUGGGCAGAUGCGUGGAGGGUGCAUAUGAUGUUGCAGAAGAGGUGACAGAUUAUCUGUCACAAUGUGUAUAUAGGUGAACUAUAUUUGGUUCCAAGUUUUAGGAUUAGUUAAAUUGUUUUAAGACCAAUAGCAAAUGGCGGGAGUUUGUUUCUUAAUUUUUUUCAAGAAGGAAUGCAAUUGACCUCUUGGAGUUGAGUAGAUCACGAUAUUUGGAGUUGAACAUCCACUAGCAUAUACAGAAUUAUAUCUCAGACCUUGUACCAAGUACCAAACGUAGCAUUUCCAUAUAUGUCAAAGAUGAUAUCCAUUUUAUUUAA